AUGCGCAACCCCUUCAAAACCCUCUUCUGUCCGACAGUCCCAAACAAUGAGGUCGCUCGCAAGAAAGAGGAUGUCCCAGAUACUCUACCACCUCCAUACGAGCGACACCAACAAGCGGAGCCUGAUACCAGUCUUCCCAGAUAUACCCUCCAAAAUCAUGAGGUCCUUUGUCUUAAACGUUGUCUGAUCUGGCGCAUGGCUAUUGAUUGGGACUUGCAACACCAUGUCUCGGAGCUCGAAAGACCAAGCGACUUGGAAUACUCGACCUUCGAGAAAAACUGCGAGAUCUUUGGCUUUUGCUGGCCGAUCGCUAUGCGNUCGGACGACACCAAGAACAUGGAAGACCGCAUCGAAGAACACAUGUUCAAGCCAGCUGAACCUAUCGGUAUUNNGAAAAGACUUGUGAAUGUCUUCAUCAACUCGACAUAUCUACCUGCCUCGUUUUUGCUUAUCGGACACCACCAUACUAACCUGCUAAAAACCUCAGAUCUUCUCGAGUUCUUCUUGUUCUCGAUCCGGCGGGCAAUAGUAUAUGCUCCUCACAAACGCAUCAGCUACUUUCGAAACGAGAUGAUGCUUAUACGUCUUGUUCUCGAUUCCAGAAUCCUCAUCGAUCUCGUGGCCCCAGAGGCCAUCUUCGCCAACAAACUCAAAGCCGAAUGCGCAAGACUGCACAAAAACAACUUUUCCUGGCUACUGGACCCAGUAAGAAUCUGUAUAGACCAGUCCGUCAAAACAAGAGCAGCCGACAUAUACUGCAAACAAGACACGCAAAUUGGCCGCUGGAAAGAGACAGAGUUGCUGUAUAGGAAAUGCCUGCGUCCCUGCGCUGCCUUGAUGGAUCCUACUCUUACCUCAUCGACCAUGUACGAAGUCGACUGGUCUUACUUCAAGACAGAUGUGGACUUUGACCAGCAACCCGGAUUCUGCUUGCGUAAUUGGCGAGAGUACAAAAGUCUUCUGCCAGCAACUGUCAUCUGUGGCUCUGUCGGAUGGGCCAAUUAUGACAUGGUAUUUCGAGAGUCUGGAAAGCCGGAGGUUGUCACAACACACCAGAAGUCGAGCGACCAGCACAAAGAGAAGGCACUGGGAUUGGUCCAUACGCCAUGCCCACCAAUCUCAAAGCCCUAUCCCCCACCAUCUCAAUAA